CAUCCCAUCGCAUUCCCCUCUUUGAACCCUUUCCCUCUUUUCAGACGUCAAGUCAAAUACCGCAAAAAUGGGCAACGGAGCCAAGGCAAACAUGAAGCGCGAGCGCAACGCGAAGGAACAGAAGACCGCCAAGUCGCAGACCAAGAGCAACGAGAAAGCCAUGAGCAUCCAGUGCCAGGUCUGCAGACAGACUUUCCUCCAGACCACCAAGGCGCCUGCCCUCCUCGAGCACGCCUCCAACAAGCACAGCAAGGGUCUUCCCGAGUGCUUCCCCGGUAUCAGCGCAUAGACAAUCGUCCCGGCG